AUGCGAUUGGUGGUGCAACGAGUCAAGUCCGCAUCCGUGACGGUAGAGGGAACCGUCAUUUCUUCGAUCGGACCGGGCGUCAUGGCCCUGGUGGGUCUUCACGAACACGACACCAAGGCAGAUUUGGAGUUUUGUUGCAAAAAAUUAUUGGCCUGCAAGCUAUGGGAAAAUGACAAUGGAGCCAUGUGGCGGCAUGGUGUCAAGCAGAGGGAUCUGGAAGUUUUAUGUGUCUCACAAUUCACCCUCUACGGUACGCUGUCGAAAAAGAAUCAACCAGAUUACAAAAAGGCCAUGAAAUCAGAACCAGCGAGAGCAAUGUACAGUGAGUUUCUUGAAAUGCUAAAAGCGGCAUAUCAAGAAGACAAAAUUAAGGAUGGCGAGUUUGGAGCCAUGAUGGACGUUGCACUGGUGAAUGAUGGCCCAGUUACAAUGGUCAUUGAGAGUGAAGUGAAAGCACCGCCAGAAGAAGAAGCCAGCUAG